CCUCCCACUUCCUUAGUCUUCCAUCACCUCCUCCUCUACCCAAAGACACUUCAACUCCAUCCCUCCAACCCCCUCGCCUAUUUUGAGGUGACCAUUGAUCAAAGAAACUAACAACUAAAAUCUCCCCAAAACUAAGCCAAGAAAGCAUUUCCAUAGCUGCAGUGGCCAUUCCUUUCUCUCUUACACCAAUUUGAUCACCGUGAUCGAUCGGCCCUGCAUGGAUUGAGCCGGCAGGGACGAUCGGCAGCUUCAACAUGUCUCGAAAGAAGUCGAAAGCUUCAUGGUGGUCUCCCCUGGCUUCAUGCUUCGGGAGGGGAGACAAAGUCUCACAAAUCCGGUCCAAGAAGCUUGCAAUGAAGCAGAAGUCCCUCCAGAGGCUGUCCUUCUCCGAUGUCAGCCAUUCCACUGGCAUGCUAUCUCCUGAGGACCUAUCAAUAUCUCUGGUUGGAUCCAAUCUCUAUGUCUUCACACUUGCAGAGCUGAAGGUGGCGACGCAGAGCUUCUCCACGAGCAACUUCAUUGGCGAGGGCGGGUUCGGCCCCGUCUACAAGGGGUUCGUCGACGACAAGGUGAAACCCGGGUUGAAGGCCCAGUCGGUCGCAGUGAAGCUCCUGGACUUGGAGGGGGUGCAAGGCCACAUGGAAUGGCAGGCCGAAGUUAUAUUUCUUGGGCAACUGAGGCAUCCCCACCUUGUGAAGUUGAUUGGUUACUGCUACGAGGAGGAGCACAGGCUGCUGGUCUACGAAUUCAUGGCUAGGGGAAGCUUGGAGAACCAUCUCUUUAAAAGGUUUUUUGCUCCUUUACCAUGGUUAACACGGCUAAAGAUCGCCGUUGGAGCAGCCAAAGGCCUCGUCUUUCUCCAUGAGGCAGAAAAGCCAGUGAUCUACCGAGAUUUCAAAGCUUCAAACAUCUUAUUGGACUCGGACUACAAAGCAAAGCUCUCAGAUUUUGGACUUGCAAAGGAUGGUCCAGAAGGAGAUGACACCCAUGUUUCGACCCGAGUCAUGGGCACGCAGGGCUAUGCUGCACCAGAGUACAUCAUGACAGGCCAUCUCACAGCAAAGAGUGAUGUCUAUAGCUUCGGAGUUGUGUUGCUUGAGCUGCUGACUGGGAGGCGGUCCGUCGACAAGAGCCGGCCAAGCAGAGAGCAAAACCUUGUGGAAUGGGCAAGGCCAUGUCUAAAUGAUGCACGGAAGCUAAACCGGAUCAUGGACCCCAGUCUUGAGGGCCAGUACUCCACCAAGGGCGCCCUGAAGGCAGCUGCUGUGGCCUACCAGUGCUUGAGCCAGAAUCCAAAAUCCAGGCCUCACAUGUCAACCAUUGUCGAGAUCCUCGAGCCUAUCUUGGAAAUGGAUGACAUACCAACUGGGCCCUUUGUCUACACAGUAUCAGCAGAGAAUGGUAAUGAAGAGGGCUCAGGGAAGACAAAAGCAACAGAGAAUGGACAGCACCACCAUGGUCACAGGCACAAGCGAAGGUCCCCCAGGUCUGGGAGCCGCUCUGAGACCCUCAGCCGGGAUGUAGGCAAUGGACUGCACAGAAACUCACCAAGACACCUUCGAGAGAGUAGAGCACAAAUCACGACAAAGGAACUGUGUUGUAAAUAGAGAACUUUAGAUCCUCUUGCUCAACAUCUGUCAUUCUUUCUGAUAUUUUGAAAUGAGAGAUAAGGUUUGAUUGGAGUGUAAGACUCUGCUAAAUGUAAAAGUGGAAUUAGUAAAGCUCUUGAACAACCAGUCAAGAAGAACAAGAAUGCCUAACAUUAGGAAAUGAUAAUCUAGUGGUGACCAA